UUCCUGAGAAUCUUCGGGAAAAAGAAAAAAGAGGAAUAUGGAGAUUGAUCUUUCACCCCAGUUGCCCAAGAAGGUUUACGGAGGCAAUGGUGGAUCUUACUACGCUUGGUCCCCCUCUGAGCUUCCCAUGCUUCGCGAAGGGAACAUUGGGGCCGCCAAGCUUGCUCUUGAGAAGAAUGGUUUUGCUCUUCCUCGUUACUCUGAUUCCUCCAAAGUUGCGUACGUUCUCCAAGGAAGUGGAGUUGCUGGAAUAGUGCUCCCUGAAUCAGAAGAGAAGGUUGUUGCAAUCAAAAAGGGUGAUGCCUUGGCACUUCCCUUCGGUGUUGUGACCUGGUGGUAUAACAAGGAAGAAACUGAGUUGGUAGUCCUGUUCCUUGGUGACACUUCAAAAGCUCACAAGGCUGGUGAAUUCACUGACUUUUAUCUCACUGGUUCCAGUGGAAUCUUCACUGGCUUUUCAACUGAGUUUGUGGGGAGAGCUUGGGACUUGGAAGAGAAUGAUAUUAAGAAUCUUGUUGGAAAACAAUCAGGGAAAGGCAUUGUGAAGUUGGAAGGAAAUAUAAUCCUUCCUGAGCCUAAACAGGAGCAUCGCAAUGGUAUGGCCUUGAACUGUGAAGAGGCUCCAUUGAAUGUUGACAUCAAGGGUGGUGGAAGGGUUGUGGUGUUGAACACUGAGAAUCUUCCCUUGGUUGGUGAGGUUGGAUUAGGAGCUGACCUUGUAAGUUUGGAUGGAAGAGCCAUGUGUUCUCCAGGAUUCUCUUGUGACUCAGCUUUACAGGUUACUUAUAUUGUAAGGGGUAGUGGCCGGGUUCAGGUUGUUGGUGUUGAUGGCCGAAGGGUUUUGGAGACAACUGUGAAAGCUGGUAACUUGUUCAUUGUGCCAAGGUUUUUUGUGGUCUCAAAGAUUGCUGAUCCCGAUGGGUUGGAGUGGUUCUCUAUCAUCACCACCCCUAAUCCUAUAUUUACCCACUUGGCUGGAAGUUCUUCAGUGUGGAAGGCUUUAUCCCCCACAGUUCUGCAAGCUGCUUUCAAUGUAGACUCAGGAGUUGAGCAACUUUUCCGUUCAAAGAGAACUGCUGAUGCCAUUUUCUUCCCUCCACCAAAUUAAGAUAAAUUUUCCAUUGCUUGGUUGUAAAGAUUCCCCAUC